AUGGGCCACCACCACGCCAUGGCAGCCCACGUCCACGUCGGGACCCCGAGGGGCAGCCCCGAGUCAUUUUGUCGGAACUACCGCCGUAUCAAAAAGCCUGGCACGGACACCCCAUGCGACAGCGCUUGCCGUCUCAAGGCGGCGGCGGAGGCUUUCACUGCCGCCCCGCCCACCGAGAAGGCCGCCGCGGUCGAGAUCUUGAGCAACAAGACUGAAGGUGCCGUCUCCUCCGCCGAGUCCGCUAACCAGGCUGCUGGGCUGGCCACCCACUGCCUAGACGACUGCAACAAGCUCUGCGGCGCAGGCAAGAAAGACCUCGCGUGCAGCGCAAGGUGCGAGACCAUCUGCCGCGUCGAAGUCGAGAGCCUCUCCUUCGCCGCCGACGUGUACGCCAAGAGCUCGGCGUCGGAGAAGACGGCCGUGAUUCAAGCCAUCGACAAGCAGGCCCGCCAGCCAAGCGACAAGAUCAACGCGAUCGCUGCCACCUGCAUCGGCGACUGCGGCAAGUUCUGCGCUGAGGGCAAGAAAGACCCUGCGUGCGCCACCAUUUGCGAGGACGGUUGCCGUGGCAGAGCCGUGAGCGUUGCCUUCGCUUUGGCCACUCCCGACAAGAAAGAGACCAUCAAGAAAGACAUCGCAGCCGUCGCAGGACUUCCCUAA